UUUCCAACCAUGGCUCUGCCCCUGGCACUCGUCUCUACGUGUUCUGCCGUGUAUAUAUAUACUCUUAGACAACGUCCGCCGUGAGGGCAAGCCUAAGGACUAUUUCCGCCCAUCAUGACCGACCCAAUCCUGAACGACAUCUCCCACAGGCGCUUCAAUCUGCUGCGAGGCAGUUGGAUAUUAGUUUCUCCGCAUCGCACAAAGCGACCAUGGCAAGGUAUGCAAGAAUCGCCGUCCAGGACCACACUUCCCGAGCAUGAUCCCAAAUGUUAUCUGUGCCCUGGAAAUACUCGAGCAAAUGGAGAACAGAAUCCCAAGUUUAACGACACUUUUGUCUUUGUCAAUGACUACAGCGCCGUCAUGGAAGAGCAGGCAGAGUACCAUCCAGACAGCAAAGACGGAUCCCUGGCUUCUCGUUUACUCCGUGCGGAACCUGUGACCGGCAAGUGCUAUGUCAUCUGUUUCUCGCCAUCUCACAACAUUACCCUCGCCGAUAUGACUCCGGCUCAGAUUGUACCAGUAAUAGAGACUUGGACGAAUAUCUACACUGCACAUCUGGAUCCAAAAUCUCCGCUAGCCAAGCUUGCCACUGCCACGACAAUACCACCACUUUCACAAGGUGCUCUCACUGCACCAAAUGCUCAAUAUCGUUAUAUGCAGAUCUUCGAGAACAAGGGUACGACAAUGGGCUGCUCAAAUCCACAUCCACAUGGGCAAGUCUGGACUACAACAUCACUUCCGGAAGAGCCGAACACCGAAUUGCAACAACUAAGCAAGUACCGCCGAGAACAAGGCGGUUGCCACUUGUUGGUUGACUAUGCAGAGCUAGAAUCGAAAGAAAAGACCCGGACUGUCUACGAGAACGAGAGCUUCUGGGCCGGUGUACCGUACUGGGCCGUUUGGCCGUUCGAGAUUAUGAUUGUUCCAAGGCAGCACAAGCGCUCUUUGGUCGAUUUUACCAAAGAAGAGCAAGCGCUAUUGGCAGAUUGCAUAGCGGAAAUCACGAGGCGGUAUGAUAAUCUGUUCGAGACGCAGUUCCCGUACAGCAUGGGCAUGCAUCAAGCCCCUCUCCAAGGAUCAGCCGAUGAGAUCGAGUCCAGCCACUUCCACAUCCAUUUCUAUCCGCCACUACUGCGCAGCGCCACAGUCCGAAAAUUCCAGGUCGGCUAUGAGAUGCUUGCGGAGCCGCAACGCGACAUCACGCCUGAGCAGGCUGCGGGGCGCUUACGGGCUUGCGGUGGCGAGCUCUACCGCAAGAAGUUGGAAGAGGUGCCGCACACGAAUGGUGUGAACGGCGUGAACGGCCAUCUUUGAGGCGUGCUCUGGGGGAGAGGUAGCCUGUAGUGGGCAGGCUUAGCGGGAAGAUGUUCACUUCUUGAUUACGAACUGCGACUCUGUUAGCUUCUGUGGUACUGGCAUAUUGAGCCUGGUUGCUCGUAUGCCGCGUUAUGUUACGUUCCCAUGUCUGAAAUGGGAGAUGAUGCCUAAGGGACGAUUUGAGGAAUGGUUUCAUUACAUUGAUACAUCUAGCGGUCUCAUGCAUCACCAUUUGAAUGGAAUAGAUUAACUUUAGGUCAACGGAGUCCUAUCACUUGUUCUUCCCUUUCCACGACCCUUGCGAAUAAUCAAUACU